GUGCGAGUAGGUAGUGGCCCGCCUUCCCGUCUCCCUCUCUCUCUCCUACUACUACUACUCUCCCCUCUCCCUCUCUCUCACUCACUCUACCUACUCUCCCUCACUACGCUUCCCAUACAAUCCUCUCUUCCCCAUACAAAAAAGUACUGCAUAUCCGCGUCGGUGAGUUCUCUAGUAAAUAUUCGCGCUUCUCACAUUGAUUUCACACCACCCACACAAUUAUAAUUUUCUCCUCAAACUGCCAAAACUGCCGACUUCAAAAACACUAAAUUUGAUUUUCUUUUGAAGUCAAUUGUCGGACCACACCAAGAUGCCUAAGGAGAAGACCACACGUAAGACCAAGGGUACCCGCGUUGAGCGCAAGAAGAAGGACCCCAACGCACCCAAGCGUGGUCUCUCUGCUUACAUGUUCUUCGCCAACGAUAACCGUGAGAAGGUUCGCGAGGAGAACCCCGGCAUUUCUUUCGGUCAGGUUGGCAAGAUGCUCGGCGAGAGGUGGAAGGCCUUGAGCGAUACUGACCGCCGUCCCUAUGAGGAGAAGGCUGCCGCUGACAAGAAGCGUUAUGAAGAUGAGAAGGCGAGCUACCACGUACGAGAACCCCAUCGCAUCGUGAGUUUGGAACAUGCUAAUAGAUUGCAAAUUUAGGCUGCUGCCGAAGAGGAUGAGGA